ACGAAUGGCGACCAUGGCGGAACCACUUACUCUGGAAAGAGAUAUAAAUCGUGCCAUUGAGCUCCUAGAAAGUUUACAAAGAAGUGGCAGUGUACCUCCCCAGAAGCUAGCUGCUCUGCAGAAGGUGUUGCAAAGUGACUUUUUAGCAGCAGUAAGAGAGGUCUACGAACAUGUGUAUGAUACAGUGGAUAUCACUGGCAGUCCUGAGGUCAGAGCCAAUGCCACAGCCAAGGCAACUGUAGCGGCUUUUGCGGCCAGUGAGGGCCACGCUCACCCUCGUGUAGUGGAAUUGCCUAAGACAGAGGAAGGGCUGGGAUUUAAUGUGAUGGGGGGACGAGAACAAAACUGUCCCAUCUACAUAUCCCGCAUUAUCCGGGGAGUUGCAGAUCGGCACGGAGGGCUGAAGAGAGGGGACCAGCUAUUGUCAGUCAAUGGAGAGACUGUGGAGGGAGAGCACCAUGAGAAGGCCGUGGAGCUGCUCAAACAUGCUCAGGGUUCAGUGAAGUUGGUUGUGCGAUACACACCUAAAGUACUGGAUGAUAUGGAGGCCAGGUUUGAUAAGCAGAGGUCAUCAAGGAAGCGGGCCACACCCUGAACACACCCAAAUCACCUCCCAGUGUCGUCAUCAGCACCUUUUAGUGUAGAAUUUAUGCCCUCUAUCACCUGGCUUAUAUCAUAUAGACAUCAUGUUUUCCAUAAAGUGAGCUCCCAGAGUUACCUGGAUUUCACUGGCUAGUUUUCAAGAACAAUUGAGUAGAUCAAGUCCUGUAGUUAGUGAUUGGGUUAUCAUGUUUAUUUCUGUCAGUCCAUCCAUGCUGUUGUUAACAUUGUUUAUUAUCUGCAUAAAAUUCUUUUUAUUCUAUGGAUUAUUUUUUAUUAACCUUCGAUGUGAUCAGCUCCAUUCUCUGUGUGAUUCCCAGUGUGCAUGACAGGUACAUCUAGGGCCGCGUGCAAAAAGCAAUCGCUAGGUUUAGUUGACUGUAACCACAUGUACUAUGAUGACACAUGUUAAAAACAUAUGUUGCCAUGGUAAUUACAUUCAACUUAACCUAUGAUCGCUUUGUGCAAGAGGCCCCUUUUUGGUUUGUUUCCAUGAUUUUUGUACAAGAAUGUGUACCUACAUAUUUACCUGAGUGUCAAAACAAGUAAUAGACUUUCUGGCAUAUUAACUCGAUGGGCUGGUUGAAAUUCUGUUGAUGGAUUUCCACUCUUAGAUGCAAAGUAGUGACUUUAAGAGGCAAUGCAAGCUUGGUGCUUUUUUUGAAGAAGAAGAAUCUAGGUAAAGGAUCUAAACUACAUUAGUUUGUAAUGCUUAUGUGCAUAUUUCUUUAGCGUGAAGACUGUAGAGUUUCAUACCAAAUGUUGGGAAGUUUUUUAACCAGUGCAUUCAAGUUAGUUAGACAGUGAGCUCAGUUAAAGAACUCAGUCAUUAAAUUGAAAAGCUGAUAUUAUCCUUGGCAUGUACUUCUGGAGCAAUGACAGUAAUAUGAUUUAAUGCUUGUUUUAAUUGAACCAAUAGAAAUUGUGUUGGCAAGGUUUUUUCUCAUUUGGAUAUGUUGUUGGUGUUUUGUGGGACAGGUUUAGAGCAUUGUUAAGUUUCAUCAACGAUUGAAAUUUGUACAAGUCACACGUUGCUGCUUUAAUAGAAAGGUUCUUAUAUUUGUAGUAUAACCUGACCACUUGGUGUUUUAAUACAAAUUUUAUGGGUGUUUAUAUCAUUACUUUAUUAUACAAGAAAUAAAAUCAUAUAUGAA